AUGCGGGGUGGGGAGCCGGGGGGGAUCAGUGUCCGGGAGCGUCCCCCCGACCCCGCUGCGGGCAGGGAGAGCCACACCAUGGGAGAGUCCGAGACCUGCUUGCAGGACGAUGGGAAGGCGAUCCACAUCAACAAGGUGCAGCACCGGGCCGUGCGCGUGGGGCUGGGGGAGCCCGUGGCCCUGCCCUGCCUCUUCCUGCUCCAGCCCUCCGCCUUGCUGGGGCCCAACGAGCCCCCCGACCCGCCCCGCGUCAAAUGGAGCAAGGUGCGCUCGGCCACCGGCCAGAGGGAGGACGUCUCCAUCCUGGUGGCCAAGGACAACGCGGUGAAGGUGGUGAAAGCCUACGAGGGUCGGGUGUCCCUGCCUGGCUACCCUCGCGACCGCUACAACGCCACGCUGCUGCUGCACGCCGCCCGCGCCAGCGAUGCGGGGCUCUACCGCUGCGAGGUGGUGGCCGGCAUCGACGAUGAGCAGGACCUGCUGCCCUUGGAGGGGACGGGUAUCCAGUGCACCCUGUGCAAGCCCUGCACCUCCUACAAGCUGUGCACCCCGUGUACCCUGUGCAAGCUGAGCACCCUGUGCUCCCCAUGCAAGCCCUGCACCUCCUACAAGCUGUGUACCCCAUGCACCCCAUGCAUCCCAUGCAUCCUGUGCCAGCCAUGUGCCCUGUGCCCCCCGUGCAAGCCCUGCACCCCCUACAAGCCGUGCACCCGAUGCACCCCGUGCACCCUGUACGAGCUGUUCCAGCUGUGCACCCCGUGCCAGCUGUGCCAUCCGCUGCCCUUCCAGGCGUCGUCUUCCACUACCGCCCGGCAGCUCUACUUGGCAGGGCGCGGGGGCCUGGACCAGUGCGACCCGGGCGGGCUGGCUGAUGGCAGCGUCCGCUACCCCAUCAGGCUCCCCCGCAGGAAGUGCGGUGGCGAGGCCUCGGGCGUCAGGACCCUCUACCAGUUCCCCAACCGCACUGGCUUCCCCACUGCCGCCUCCAAAUUCGACGCCUACUGCUAUAAAGGCUUUGGGCACGAGAACACCUGGAUCGGGCUCAAUGACAGGAUCGUGGAGCAGGACUUCCAGUGGACCGACAACACCGGCUUG